AUGGCCAGUAUCACCGCUUCCCCGGGCUUGAUCUUCAUCAAUGUCGGGCAUGAUGGCAACGAAGAUCCUGUUGCAGCACGCAAGGCCAUACGCUCAUACGCUACGGCCCACAGCCACAAGAGUAAGCCGCGAACGGGACAGCGGCUUGCAAGGUAUAAGCCACUACAGUACGACAAAGAUGAGCCUGCUCCCGCGCGGAAAGAAAGGAAACCAAGCAGGCCGAGAAGAUCUUCAGUGAGAAGCAUCACGUCUGUUGGGGUCAAGUCGGUUUCAUCCGCGUCCAGUAGUUCCUCUUCACAAAAUGAAAAUGUCCGUAAACGACGACGACUUGAAACCGAUGAUUCUGGUGAGGUUUUCGACAUGUCUCGGCUGUUACUUGCGCCGGAAACGAUCCCGAAAAGUCCAUCGGCAGAGCUCGCGCCAACACUGCCCAGCAGUCAGCACAGUACACCUGGCUGGUCAAGACAGUCGUCGGUGGACCACACAACAAGCGAGUGCAGUCAUGCUUCUGCACCACCGCAUAAAACGCCAGCGCUUUAUGACGAACCAUACUUCACAGAGACUAUCACACCUGCAUGCCUCCAAAUACUCCAGAAGGAACCUUUCACGCGGUGCCCAGUGCCAUUUCAAGAAUGGUAUACACCGCUACUGCACGACUGGUGCAAUAUCACCAUAGCACGAACCUGCAUCUUGCUUGACUUCAGGCCUUCCGAAACGAGGGAGUAUAUCCAAUGGAUGGGUACCACCCUACUGAGCGACCCUGCCUUGUACUAUACGAGUCUGUUCCUCGCAACUGGAAGCGCUGUAGUGCGCGGGACAUGCGACAUCAGCAAGGCUCUAUUCUUGCGCGGUCAAGCCGUGAAGGCUAUCAACGACGCAUUGACCGACCCUCUACGCGCUACUAGUAUGCAAACAAUCUUCGCUGUCGGUCAAGUCGCCCUCCACGAGCACAUGUACGGCGAUCGGCAUCUCUCGAUCAAGUUUCACAGACCAGCACAGGAACGUGAACUAAAUCGACUAUUACUGAUCGAAAGUAGUAUGAUCGCCCUUCGUGGUGGCCUUGGAAACCUUGGCCUCCCGACUGUGGCUCUAAGAACGUUGCUUUGGUUCGACACGUACAUGGCGGCAGAGUCUGGCACCCCUGCAUACUUUGCAGACGUGCCUGCAAGGUUUGCACAUUGCGGCAUACCACCGCUGAGCCCAGAAGAGGCUGUUCGGGUAGCUGAUGGGGUGAGCCCAUUGCGGCGUAGUCAUCCAGGGUAUGGGGACUCACGAGUGGAGGAGGCAGUCUGA